AUCGACUCUCUAGCAACUAUGCGGCCGACCUCUGCCUGCCUUGGGCCCGGCUUCUUCAAACGGAGUCUAGACGAAUUCAAGCGCCUCUCCAACUUCGCACUCAAGCUCGAGGGCUUGUCUUCGCCUAGGAAGGCCUUCCCCCUCAUCCAGUUCAACCAGCCCGAAGAUGUCGAGCUCUGCAAACGCAUGAGCGACAAGGACAUUGGUGGCUUCUCCACUGUAAACCUAGAUUUCCAUCCCGUCACCCAGACCGAGCCUUCACAUGUGCGCUUCCGUGGUACCAUCUCCACGCAACUGCCCCAGAACCAACCACACAUCCAGAGAACCGGCUAUGCGGGGUGGAGGACACUUGACCGGGGUUCGACCAUAUUUGGCAAGUCGCUGUGGGACGUGAGCAUGUACGGUUUCCUUGCUAUACAGUUCAAGUCGGACGGGCGCAAGUACUUCAUCAAUGUGCAGACCGAGUCGAUUGUUCCUACAGACAUCCACCAGCACCUACUGCAUGCCAAGACUCCAGGGAAAUGGGAGACCGCUCUGAUCAAGUGGAGUGAGUUCGUGCGGACAAAUCAUGGCCAGGUUGUCGAGCCCCAGCGGGAAAUGUUGACACAAAAGGUGCGGACGGUAGGAAUAUCGCUCAUCGACCGGAUACAGGGGCCGUAUGAUUUGAGCAUUAGCAAGGUGUGGGCGACGAACGCGACAAGCGAGGAUGAGCUCCUGAAAAGUGCACCGGUGCCAAGUUUGCAUCCCAGGGGAGUUGAUCUCAAGAAGAUCAAGAGGCAAGAUUCUGGAGUUGGAAAGGCGUCCUAGUAGAUGACAGUAGAUGAGCAUAUAGAUUCAAUAUCAAGCCGUACAUACCAACAACGCCAACUUUUGAGGGACACGU